GGCAGCGGCGGUGGCGGCGGCGGCGGCGGCGGCUGCGGGAUCCGGGGACCCCGCUCGGGCUGGGGCUAUCGGCCGCGGGGCGGAGACACUGGCGCGGGGGGUAGCUCGGGUCUGGGCUCGGGCACCGCGCAGCUCUCCCCGUCUAAAAGUUGGUUUUAAUUGGUUGCCCACAGGAUUGACUUGGCCUCUGCUACUUGUUAAGAAAAUACAUCUGUUGUUUUUUCAGGUGUGUGUUAUUUCAGCGCAGCAUGGCUGUGGUCAUCCGUUUGCAAGGUCUCCCAAUUGUGGCGGGGACCAUGGACAUUCGCCACUUCUUCUCUGGAUUGACCAUCCCUGAUGGGGGCGUGCAUAUUGUAGGGGGUGAACUGGGUGAGGCUUUCAUCGUUUUUGCCACUGAUGAAGAUGCAAGGCUUGGUAUGAUGCGCACAGGUGGUACUAUUAAAGGGUCAAAAGUAACACUAUUGUUGAGUAGUAAAACUGAAAUGCAAAAUAUGAUCGAACUCAGUCGUAGGCGUUUUGAAACUGCCAAUUUAGAUUUGCCACCAGCAAAUGCUAGCCGAUCAGGACCACCUCCUAGUUCAGGCAUGAGUGGUAGGGUCAAUUUACCUACCACAGUUCCCAGUUUUAAUAAUCCUUCUCCCAGUGUGGUUACUGCAGCCACAUCUGUGCAUGAAAGCAACAAAAACAUCCCUACAUUUUCCACCGCCAACAUAGGAACAGCCCCUCCAAACAUCGGGGCUUCUUUUGGGAGCCCAACAUUUAGUUCAACUCUACCUAGCACAGCAUCCUCCAUGAGCACAGUCCCACCUCCCCCAAUUCCUCCAAUACCAGCAAUGCCCUCCUUGCCACCAAUGCCAUCUAUUCCUCCGAUACCUGUUCCUCCUCCUGUACCUACGCUGCCUCCUGUGCCUCCCGUACCCCCAAUACCUCCUGUUCCUCCAGUGCCACCCAUGAGCCCUAUGCCACCUCUGUCAGGAAUGCCUCCUUUGAAUCCACCACCAGUGGCACCGAUACCUACUGGGAUGAAUGGAUCUGGAGCAGCUCUGAAUCUGAACAGUAACCUGAACCCAAUGUUUCUGGGACCUUUGAAUCCUGUUAAUCCUAUUCAAAUGAACUCUCAAAGUAGUCUGAAGCCACUUCCCAUCAACCCUGAUGAUCUGUAUGUCAGUGUCCAUGGGAUGCCCUUUUCUGCAAUGGAAACUGAUGUCAAAGACUUUUUCCAUGGGCUUCGUGUAGAUGCAGUGCAUUUGUUGAAAGAUCACGUAGGCCGAAAUAAUGGGAAUGGAUUAGUUAAGUUUUUCUCCCCUCAAGAUACAUUUGAAGCACUGAAAAGAAACAGAAUGCUGAUGAUUCAACGCUAUGUUGAAGUCAGCCCAGCCACAGAAAGACAGUGGGUAGCUGCUGGAGGCCAUAUCACUUUCAAGCAGAGCAUGGGACCUUCCGGACAGACACACCCCCCUCCUCAGACACUCGUCAGGUCAAAGUCGCCUAGUGGGCAGAAAAGGUCAAGAUCGAGAUCCCCACAUGAGCCUGGUUUUUGUGUGUAUUUGAAAGGUCUACCGUUUGAAGCAGAAAACAAACAUGUUAUUGAUUUCUUUAAAAAACUAGAUAUUGUGGAAGAUAGUAUUUAUAUUGCAUAUGGACCCAAUGGGAAAGCAACAGGUGAAGGUUUUGUAGAAUUCAGGAGUGAGUCUGAUUACAAGUCAGCUUUAUGUCGUCAUAAGCAAUACAUGGGGAAUCGCUUUAUUCAGGUUCACCCAAUAACUAAAAAGGGAAUGUUAGAAAAGAUAGACAUGAUUCGGAAGAGGCUACAGAACUUCAGUUACGAUCAGAGGGAGAUUAUUUUAAAUACUGAGGGAGAUAGUUCACCAAAAUUAUGUGCACAUAUAUCAAAUAUGCCAUUCAACAUUACCAAGAUGGAUAUUCUACAGUUCCUAGAGGAAAUUCCAGUGGAUGAAAAUGCUGUACAUAUUCUUGUUGAUAACACUGGGCAAGGGCUAGGACAGGCAUUGGUUCAGUUUAAAACUGAAGAUGAUGCACAUAAGGCUGAACGCUUACACCGUAAAAAACUUAAUGGGAGAGAAGCUCUACUGCAUGUAAUUACCCUAGAAGACAUGAGGGAGAUUGAAAAAAAUCCUCCAUCUCAAGUGAAAAAGGGGUUAAAAAUUCCAUUGCCAGGUAAUGCCACAGUGCCAGGAAUGCCAAAUGCCGGAGGUGAUGAGCAUGCUUUCCUGAAUGUAGGCUCAAAAGAAGCAAACAAUGGCCCUCCAUUUAAUUUUCCCAGUAACUUUAGUGGGUCAAAUGCCUUUGGCCCACCACUUCCACCACCAGGAUUAGGAGGGGCCUUUGGAGAUGCCCGACCUGGAAUGCCUUCUGUUGGAAAUAGUGGUUUGCCUGGUUUAGGGAUUGAUGUUCAGGGUUUUGGAAGUGGUCCCAAUAAUUUAAGUGGACCAUCAGCUUUUGGAGGGACCCCUCAGAAUUUUGGAAAUGGACCGGGUACUUUGAGUGGCCCCCCAAGUUUUGGAGGUGGUCCCCCAGGCCUUGGUAAUACUGCUGGGCAUUUGAGUGGCCCACCAAGCUUUGGUCCUGGGCCUGGAGCACUUCAUAUUGGGGGACCUCCUGGAUUUGGAACUGCUUCUGGAAAGCCAGGCCCAACAGUUAUUAAAGUUCAAAAUAUGCCCUUCACUGUCUCUGUUGAUGAAAUUUUAGAUUUCUUUUAUGGCUAUCAAGUGAUCCCAGGCUCAGUGUGUUUAAAAUACAAUGAAAAAGGCAUGCCCACAGGUGAAGCAAUGGUUGCAUUUGAGUCUCGCGAUGAAGCCAUGGCUGCUGUCGUUGAUCUAAAUGACAGACCUAUAGGCUCAAGAAAAGUCAAACUUGUAUUAGGGUAGCUGUUCAUGUAAACUGUUCGUAGGCUAGAUCUUCAUAGUGCUGUGAUUAAUGCAUCAAGAUUGUUUUCCUAGUAUUUCCAGGUUAGAACCUGUGGAUUGUUUAAAUUGCAAAUAGAUUGGUUUCAAUAAGACUGAGAGAGCACUGGUUGACUGUUUACAGAAGAAUUGCUGCAAGGAUAAAUGUUGCUGUAUGUUCCAGUAGAGCUGUAUGGGGAGAACAGAAAAAUAAUUUUGGCUCACCUUUAGAGAAACCUUAUUUGUCAAAACUCAAAUGACCAUAUAAUGCUUAUCAAGGAGUCUAGAUUGGUUUUAUACCAUUUGGGAUGAAGAAAAUAGAAAUGUAUUAAGAUUAAGUCAGCAAAGCUCUUGAUGGGUGCUAUUGCAAGCCAUUGUAAAAUAGAAGUUGGCUAUUAGAUUUUUGGUUCAAAGUUGGACAGAUUUGCUUUGUUAAUAGGGUCAAAGCUUUGUCUAAAGUCCUAAUUUUCUCUUGCAACUGAAUAAAAUCUCUGUGUAUACAGAUUCAUUGUAUGUACCUUUAUUGCUUCUCAAAGGUUCUUGAUGUAUAGACAGUUGUGUGUUUUAGAAGUUGCUGCUUUAUUUGCCUAAUUGACUCCUAUGUAAUGAGCAGAACUGUUUUAUAAAAUCCCAACUGAGUUUUAUGUUGAUAACCUUGAACACAGAUUCCCAUUGUCACAAUUACAAUUGUGUGGAAUAAGACUUUUGCCACAGAAGUGUGUCCCAGCCCCCUAGAGCAAUUUUGGUUUGACCAUAAAGUCUUAGUUUAUAGUCAGUUUAAAAUUUCUUUGAUACGG